AUGUUCACAGCUACUAAGCUCCAAGUAGCGACGUACCUACUUGGCGUCUGUCCCUUUUCCAUAGCGUUUCUUGUCUUUCUCAAUUCCUCGGUCUCUUUUGUCAUUACAGACCUUAUCGGCAAGGAGGAUGGUGUUGGUGAUGCUGUUGGUACCCUGGGGUUUGCUGAUGAACUGGUGGCAUUGGUAGCAUGUCCUCUAUGGGGUUUGCUCUCUGAUCGAAUGGGCCUACGCUUUGUCUGCGUCGCAGGCUACUUGGUCAUUUGCCUAGCCCUGGUGUUAUUCGUCCAAGCUAAAAAUGUCUAUCCUCAGCUGCUGCUGGCUAGGUUGUUCUUCAGUGUUGGGGGUGCUGCGGCCUCUACUAUGGUUACGGCUAUUCUACCUGCUGUUGCGGCACCGACUACAGGUGCCCCAGCUGAAAGUCAGCGCGCGGGUGCCGCUGCUGGGGCAAAUGGUCAUGCUUCCAGACCAUCAAUUGAGUCGGAAGUGACGAUCACACCCGCUAGAUUUGUAUCAAGAUCCUCGCAACACAACACCAAAGCUGAUUCGAUAGCCACUAACUCAGACAUCGCUGGGUCAACGAGUCGAGUUGCCGGGUUUGUGGGCAUGUUUACUGGCUGCGGUGCCUUGAUCGCACUGACCAUUUUCCUACCGCUUCCUGCUAAGUUCCAGUACGCAGGUGUGGGAGAGAAAGCUGCUCUCAAAGACAGUUUUUACAUUGUGGCUGCCGUGGCCUUUCUACUGGCUGUCUGGUGCUUGUUUGGUCUUCGACGUCUGCAGAGUGAUACUGAAGACUAUCGCUUGCAGACUCACGCCUCUCAGGGUACCCAAGAGGGUUCACGCCUCACCAACGGACUCGUUCAAAUGUCGAAUAACUUUCAAACAGCUAUCAUGGCAGGAUUUAGACGCUCCGAGAUAGGCAUUGGAUACCUUGGAGGUUUCGUGGCCCGCGCUUCCUCUGUCGGCAUUUCUCUUUUCAUUCCCCUUCUCGUCAACGCAACGUUUCUGUCAUCCGGCCUUUGUGUGGACCCUGCCUCCAACGAUGAUCCAACUGGUCUCCCAGACAUCAAGAGAAAGUGUCCUCGAGCUUACGUCGUUGCGGCAGAGCUCACGGGCGUGACGGAGCUAGUGGCACUUGUCUUUGCUCCUGUAUUUGGCUACUGGGCAGCCAAAUCAACGAGGAGAGAAAUUCCACUACUUGUGGCUUCAAUGGCAGGAAUUAUCGGGUAUCCUUUAUUCGCCAACGAAUUCGACCCUGACGACAGAAACAUAUCGCAGCGGGCAGCAGCAUUCUUCGCUGCUUGCCUCAUCGGGAUCAGCCAGAUUGGCGCAAUCGUCUGCAGCUUAGGCACACUGAGCAAAGGUAUACUACACAAAGAAGCAGAUGGUCCCCCCAACGCCUUGGUGCACGACCGUCAAGGAGCUGACGCCCACCCUAGCGAGGAGUCCCCCCUCCUGACAGCCACACAACAAGGAGCUGGAGAAGUCCCGUUAUCAACCUUGAAGGGCUCUGUGGCCGGUGUAUAUUCGCUUUACGGAGGUGCCGCAAUCCUGAUACUCACCAAAAUCGGGGGUUUGAUGUUCGAUAAAGUGUCUUUGGGGGCCCCGUUCUAUAUUAUGGCAAUUUUCAACGCAAUUCUCAUGGUGGCCUGUUCGAUCUCAAGCCUCUGGAUUACCAAAGAACCCGCCGUACAACGAGACUCCGGGGCAGCACGCGGUAUCGAAUCAUGA